AUGGAUUUUCCCCGGAAGCAUAAGUGCAUCGAUGACACUCUGCUCUAUGAUGCCAGCAUUGAGGAGGCCUUCUGGCACACCUUUGACUUCCUUGAGCUGUGCGCCAGGAAGGGCAUCACUCUGAAGCCAGAGAAGUUUCAGUUCUGUCGUCGUGAGGCAGAGUUCGUUGGCUUCCAUCUCGACUGGGUCACCUACAGGCCUGCAGAUGAACGCCUGGCUGCCAUACGGAAGUUCUCCAUGCCUGAACAGCCCUGCAUCACUGAUGUGAGGUCUUGGUAUGGAUUCGUGAAUCAACUGGCACCCUUCCUUGCAACAGCCCCCAUCAUGGAGCCCUUCCGGGACCUACUUAAGAAGCCUACUGGCAAGAAAGUGUACUGGGACGAGCAGCUGCGGCAGAAGCUCGAACAGGCAAAGGACACGAUAUGUCUGCUGGCUAAGGACGGACUGACUUACUACGACCGUACCCGGCCCACUGCUGUGAUGACUGACUGGAGCAAGGAGGGGCUAGGCUUCGUCAUCCUCCAGCAACACUGCCGUUGUUCAGCUGUGGACGCACCAUUCUGCUGUAAGACUGGCUGGCGCCUGGCGCUGUGUGGCAGCCGUCACCUAACAGCUGCUGAGGCAGGUUACGCUCCAGUGGAAGGUGAGGCGCUCGCCGUGGCUUGGUGUCUCCGUAAGGCUCGCCUGUUCUUGUUGGGCUGCCCUAACUUGAUGCUGGUGACGGACCACCGCCCCCUGGUCAAGCUUCUGGGUGAUCGAGCGCUCACGGACAUAGUGAACCCGCGGCUGUUCCGCCUGAAGGAGAGGACACUCCAGUACCGCUUCACUGUCCGUUACCUGCCCGGUAAAAGAAACUGUGCAGCCGACUUCCUCUCAAGAUACCCCGCACUCAAAGCGUCACCCGAUGGACACGACGAAGAGCAGGUGGAGGAACUGGCAGGAGCGAUGGCUGCAGCCACCAUAGCAGCACUCACCUUUAAUGAGUGUCUCACCCUGGAUGAGGAAGUGGUUCUUCGAGCAUCACAGCAGGACCCGGCAUACCAGCUCUUGGUGGCUAAGGUGCUGGCAGGUGACUGGCAUCCCCACAGAGCGCAGGAGAUUGAAUGCUUGCGGCAUUUCUACAGCGUCAGGGACAGAUUGUCGGUGUCACGUGGCUUAGUGACCUACACAUAUGACCAGGGUCAUGAGAGCCAGGUGUACUGGCCAGGCUUAGAAGGAGACUUGCAACAUCACCGGGCCUCCUGCGACACCUGCAACGCUCACGCACCAUCGCAGCCACCUGAGACACUGAUCCUCACGCCACCCCCUGAGUAUCCAUUCCAGCAGACAGUAGUGGACGUCAUUCAGCUAGAUGGGUGCUCAUACUUAGCUUAUGCUGACAGGCUAACUGGCUGGCUGGAGGUGGCGCAGCUGCCCAGUGGUGCAACCUCGAGCAAGAUUAUGAACCAGCUGAGGCUCUACUUUGCGAGGUGGGGCGCACCAGAACAAGUGUCGACGGAUGGCGGAACUAAUUUGGUGAGUGAAGAGAUGACGGGAUUCUUCAAGAGAUGGGGCGUCACUGUGCGUCUCUCUUCCGCUCACUACCCUCAGAGCAGCGGGCGUGCAGAAGCUGCAGUAAAAUCUGCGAAGAGAAUGCUGCGGGGCAACAUAGGAACGAACGGGAGCCUCAACAGUGACAAGGUUUCUCUCGCCCUGCUGCAGUACCUGAACACGCCCCUCCGUGAUAUUGAUAAGUCUCCGGCUCAGCUGGCAACGGGUCGUCAGCUACGGGAUGGUGUCCCCGCUAUCUCGCUAAACUACAGGAUUGACGAACAUUGGGGACGGACACUCCGUGAACGAGAGCGGCAGAUGGCCAGACAACACAGCAAGAUGAAGGAUCACGCAAAUGGGUGCAGCCGCUCCAACAUCGCCCCUGGAAGCAGGGUCUUGGUGCAGAAUCAGGCUAACAAGACCUGGGACAGGGCAGGUAUUGUUGUGGAGGCAAGAGGCAACAGGCAGUACCUAGUGAAGCUCGACGGAAGUGGCAGGCUCUCUCUCCGCACGCGCCUGCACCUGAAACCGCUCGCCCAGCCCAACCCAGCACCACCUCCAAAGCCACAGGAGCCACCACCAGAGCCAUCGCCUAACCGCCCCCGCCGCCGGGUAGCCAGGCCUGGAUGGCUAGAUGACUAUGUGGAGUGA